AUGUUACUCCACCUGGCUGGGCCUCAUGUACAGGAGAUAUUUACCACCUUAACUUACGCCAGUGCUGUUGAAGCUCUCAACGCCUAUUUCGUACCACGGGUAAAUUCAGCAUUCGCCCGCCAAACCUUUCAUCGGAUCACGCAAAACCCAGGUCAGACAGUUUAACAGUUUGUCACUCGCUUAAGGGAAGCAGAUAAAGAUUGUGAUUUUGGCACUGAUACCGACAACCAGAUAAGAGAUGCAGUUUUAAAUAAGUGCACUUCCACCUACAUCAAACGAAAAUUGCUUGAAGAAGGCCACGGACUAAACUUAACACGCACCCUAGAGGUUCCUCAAAAUGCGAAAAGAUAAAAACCCAACUGGCUGCCCUUUCAGUAAAAGAGGAAGAAUCAGAAAGUAUCAAUAGAAUCAAGGAGAGAAGUGACAAUCCGAGUACUAUCAGUACUAUCACACAAGGACGAUUCCAAGGGAGAGAUAAGAUAUGUUAUAGAUGUGGUUUAUUAGAACAUUUCGGUCGUGAUCCCCAGUGCCCAACAUGUAGAAAGUGUUGCGGGAAACAUGAUUUUGGAAAAGUUUGCAAGACAAAGUCAUAUGCUCGUCAGGUUGGGAGGGAACCCGAUGACAAUGACCCUGGGCCCCAGCAUGACUAUUCAUUCAGUAUUACAGAAGGAGAACACUCAGAAAUGGUCACCGUACAAGUAGGAGGAGUAGACUUUAAGAUCUUUAUAGACUCUGGGGCAAACAGCAACAUUAUUGACGAGGGGACGUGGGAACAGCUAGAGGUGAAGAGAGUGAAAUGUGAAUCACAAGCUCCUUCCCCAGACAAGAAGCUGUACCUAUAUGCGUCUAGUCAGCCACUGCCAGUUUAG